AUGCUCUCCUCCACCCGUUCUGCGCUCCGCGCUCAGCUCCGCGCGCCCCUUGCGGCCCGCCAGUUCUCGGCCUCGUCGGCCACCCAGGUCCAGUCGCUCAAGGAGCGUCUUGCCGAGCUCAUCCCCAAGGAGAUUGAGAACGUCAAGUCGGUCCGCCAGCAGUUCGGCGCCAAGUCGUUCGGCGAGAUGACCGUUGACCAGGCUUACGGUGGUAUGCGUGGCAUCAAGGGCCUUAUCUGGGAGGGUUCGGUUCUCGACGCUGACGAGGGUAUCCGCUUCCGUGGCCUCACCAUCCCCGAGGCCCAGGCUGCUCUCCCCAAGGCUCCCGGUGGUUCGGAGCCCCUCCCCGAGGGUCUCUUCUGGCUCCUCGUCACUGGCGAGGUCCCCACCCAGGAGCAGGUCGAGGGCCUCUCGGCUGAGUGGGCUGCCCGCGCUGAGAUCCCCGACUUUGUCAAGGAGCUCAUUGACCGCUGCCCCAACACCCUCCACCCCAUGUCGCAGUUCUCGCUCGCCGUGACCGCCCUCAACCACGACUCGGCCUUCGCCAAGGCCUACUCGCAGGGUGUCCACAAGCGUGACUACUGGCAGACCACCUACGAGGACUCGAUGGACCUCAUUGCCAAGCUCCCCGCCAUUGCCGGCCGCAUCUUCCGCAACGUCUACGGCGACGGCAAGCUCCCCGCCAUCGACCCCAAGGCUGACUACUCGGCCAACCUCUCGACCCUCCUCGGCUUUGGCGACAACAAGGAGUUCAUCGAGCUCAUGCGUCUCUACAUCACCAUCCACUCGGACCACGAGGGCGGUAACGUCUCGGCCCACACUGGCCACCUCGUCGGCUCGGCCCUCUCGGACCCCUUCCUCUCGUUCGCCGCUUCGCUGAACGGUCUCGCCGGUCCCCUCCACGGUCUUGCCAACCAGGAGGUCCUCCGCUGGCUCCAGAAGAUGCGCGCCAACAUUGGCGAGAACCCCUCGGACGAGAAGCUCGCCGAGUACGUUUGGUCGACCCUCAAGGCCGGCCAGGUCGUCCCCGGUUACGGCCACGCCGUCCUCCGCAAGACCGACCCCCGCUACACCGCCCAGCGCGAGUUCGCUCUCCGUCACCUCCCCGAGGACCCCUUCUUCAAGCUUGUUGGCCAGGUCUACAAGAUUGUCCCCAACAUCCUCCUCGAGGCCGGCAAGGCCAAGAACCCCUGGCCCAACGUCGACGCCCACUCGGGUGUCCUCCUCACCUACUACGGCCUCAACCAGCAGGACUUCUACACCGUCCUCUUCGGUGUCUCGCGCGCCUUUGGUGUCGCCUCGCAGCUCAUCUGGGACCGCGCCCUCGGCAUGCCCCUCGAGCGCCCCAAGUCGUACUCGACCGAGGCUAUCAAGAAGAUGUUCUCGGCCAAGCUCUAA